AUGGAAAUCGCAACCACAGCAGCGGCUGUGGAUAUACUGGAGAUGGCAGUAGGAGGGCUGGGCCUUCUGUUUUUCGCCCUGUGCACUGGAACAGAUUGCUGGAGGCAAGAUGCCAAAGACCCUUACUCUUCAGUGGGUCUAAGCUCCAGGUGCAGGGGUCUGUGGAGUGAAUGCGUGUUUGAUAACAUGGCCAACCUCUGGACCUGCGACAUCCCCAUCUCCUACCUCAGCGAGCACUCUGCUGCCCUGGUGAUUACUCGUGCUUUGGUGAUUGUGACCGGCAUUCUGUGCCUUGGUGCAGUGCCCUGUUUAAUCGCAGGAAUGAAAUGCACCAAGUUGAUCAGUGACCAAGUGCAUCAGAAAUACAAAUUCUCCUUGGCUGCUGGGAUCCUUUUCCUUCUGGGAGGGCUGUCAGGAGCAAUCGCAGUUCUCUGGUAUGCAGUGGACACUGUUCAGAAGUAUAGGCUAGAGGUCAGUCUUGGGAUCCCAGGGGUGACCUAUGAACUGGGCUAUUCAUAUUGGAUGGCUGCAGCCGGCACCAUCUGCGUCUGUGUGACAGGGAUCCUGCUUAUCGUUGCCAAAUGUCCCAGCACCCAUACGCCAAGACUGGAGAGGAAACAUCCACGUGCUUGCCUGCCAUCCGUCUCCCAGAGGAAAGGAACUCAUCCCAUUGGUUUUGGACUUUGGAAAGUUGGGGAUAUGGGGUUUCAGGAGGAACAGAAUGUCUCUUAUGCUGCUUGGUUUCUGAGUGGCAGGGACUCCUAAACAUAACCAUUGAAAGCCCCAUGCUGGUUAGCCGGGGUUAACCUUGAAAAGCCAUUCAAUGCUGAGAGAUUAUUACCUCUUUGUCACCUUUUGAGACCGUAGCCUGA